AUGACACAGCUAGCGGAUGGGACCGAAGUAGUUAUUAAACCCCACCCAACUCUCAAUAUGUGCCGCUGUGUAAUCUCUUCCUUUGACUUGCUAGAAGUUGACGAUGAGGAAAUUAAGGAAAAUCUAGAAAACCAAGGAGUAAUAGAGAUUAGACGCAUUAAAAAACGAGUGAACGAGCAACCAGUGACCACAUCGACUAUUAUAUUGACAUUUGGCAAAACGACUUAUCCAGUUACUCGAGUAGCAACUCGCCCCUACUAUCCUACCCCGAUGUUAUGCUACAGCUGUUUCCGGUAUGGGCACCCCAGGACACGAUGUCCCGGUCCAGCACGCUGUAGUAAAUGCUCAGGAAUCCACACCGAAGACCAAUGCACUAACCAGUCCUACUGUAUCAAUUGCAAAGAAGACCACCGACCAAGCGAUCGUCAAUUCCCCAAAUUCCAAAAGGAAAUGGAAAUAAUUCGGAUCAAGAUUGAACAUAACCUGUCAUUCCCAGAGGCCAGAAAGCGAAUGGAAGGGUCCAGUAGAAGCUACGCUCAGGUCACCUCGCAAAAGAAAACUCCGAUACUCGGUAUCAAAAUUGAAACAAUCAACGCUACUUCUAGCAGGAAGACAACGGAUGAUCGGAUUACCGAGCUGCUAGAAGAGAUGAACAAAAAAAUCCAGGAAAUUGCCAAACUCGAACAACUAGUCAACAAAUUGAAAACCUACAUCAAGGAAAAUUUAGCAGGUUCUUCAAGCAAGAGACCAACAAACCAAACAGCUACAACACCAAAAACACCUAUUACCCCGGUAAAACCAACUAAUCAGACCAUCCCCACUACAAACUCGAAACGCCCUCGCACCGACACUGAGUCGAAAACUGUAGAGACAGAAUCCUUUAGCGGGCAAACGAUCCUCCCAGCAAACACUAAACACAAGCCGAACAACCAAACACCAAAGGCAACCGAUGUCGAAAUAGAAAGAAUGGACACCAUGUGUGAGACCUCCAAUAUCCCAAUAGACAUAUCCGAUGAUUAA